AAACCAAUGAUAAUGGAGCAGAAUAUGCAAUGUGAGAAAAAAAAGACACUCCCUCUUUCAAGUUUCACUUCCUCAUGAACAAAGUUCAGUUAAGUCUACAUGAAAAACAGAAACAGAAAACAUGAAAGUGAUCGCUUCUAGAAAUCCAACAAAGCUAAAGUUUUCAUAGCAUCACAUUCAGUUGAAGCUGAUUAUUGGAUUUCUAUUUGCACAGCUGCCUUAUCUUCCAUAGUUCUGUACCAAAAUGUUAUCUGAGAUGCUGACUCUAGGUGAAUUGUGGCGAAAUUCAUUUACAGAAAGCUAAAUUAGAGAGCUUUGUUAUGGAGGAAGAACUAGAACCACAUGACACCAAGGCAGUGGAUGCUAAAGAAGAAGUGUCUUCAGCUCCUGAAGCUUCCUCUCCUCAGCAGGAGAAAUCAUCCAGUAAUGCUGAAGAGGCAGAUGUGGGUUUUAGCGCCUCCUGUCUGACCACAGCAGAGCUGCAGCAGCACUGGAGAGCCGUUAAGCAGGAGUUCAGAAGCGUUAAACUUCUGUUUGACAUCCCCGUCACGCGAAUCAUCAAUCAGAAAAUCUCCAAAUAUGUGGUGUACCAGGUUGUGGUGAUCCGCUCCGGUAGUUACGACUGUGAGAGAGUACGUAUUGAGCGACGCUACUCAGACUUCCUCCACCUUCAUCAGGAGCUCCUGCUGGACUUCAGCGAGGAAAUGGAGGACAUUGUGAUGCCCAGGAAGAAAAUGACGGGCAACUUCUCAGAGGAGAACAUCGCCGAGCGGCGCGUGGCCCUCAGAGACUAUCUUACUCAGCUCUACUCCCUCCGUUGUGUCCGAAAAUCACAGGCGUUUCUAGCGUUCUUCACCCAUAAGGAAUUAAAAACUUCAUAUGACCUCCUGCGUGGGGGGCGCUUUUCCCGGGCCCUUGAGGGCCUCCAGAAAGUGUUGGUAAUUCAGGAAAAACUAUCUUCUCACAACCCUAUUUUAGUGGUACCAACCUUGUGUGCUGUACUGGUGUGCCAAAGGGAUCUAGAAGACUUUGAUGCAGCAUUUCAAACUGGCAGAAGAGCUCUGCCCAUGGUGAGACGCUACGCGCUCCAGCAGUAUCAAGGGCCCCUGCUGGAGGCUCUUGUUGAUUUGGGCUACAGUCUUGGGCUGCCUGUGGCCCAGUUACAGGAUGAGCUGACCAGAGUGCAAGACUCUCCAAAUGGGCAAGUGUCAGAGAUGUCCCUUAAAGAACUGGUGGUGCAAGAGUUUGUAUAAUCAGUAACACCUGCAAUUGUAGUUGUGUUUACUAUAAUCAUUAUUUGAUUAAUUCCCUAAUCCAAAAUAUUCAGCUUCAGAGAGUUAUCAGAAUAAUGAUUCUCAUCUCACCUGACAGAAAAUACAACAAAUAAAAAUUCCCACAGAUUUA